AUGGAUCCUGAAUGGGAGUGGUUCUGCGGGAUAAAUUCCUCAUAUACUAACGAGUCUUUAGACUGGUACCACAAUGUACGAAACAACACGUGUUUAGUGAACGGAGUAGGGAGCAUCUCUCAUGGUAUAUUCAUCAUCCUCUUCUCACUUAUUCUCCUGGUGGUUGGAUGCUGCACAAAGUAUCGUCAAGUCAACACUAAACAUCUACUGGUGUAUCCUGGCCAUAGCAUAAGAUGGCUCAUAUCAGCAUUACUCUCGGUGAUCCUUCUUGCAUCCAUCGGUGAGGGCGUCAUGACUGAUGAGACAUACCAAGUCUUGAAUCAACCCACUCAGCCUCAUCUCUACGUUCACAGUGUCUUGAGCUUCAUAGCAGUCUUGGUGUCCCUCAUCUAUUAUCAUCACAUGGAACUAUGGCAGAUACCGAUCAUGUCUCCGCUUCUUUUCCUGUAUUGGUUGUCUUCCCUUGGACAUGAAAUAUUUCGUGUGUUGAGUUUGGAAUACCAGAAUCAGGAUGACGUUAACAUUGUUCUCUUUGACUUGACUGUCAUCAAAAUAGUCAUCUACUUUUUCUUGAUGAUUAUAGAGCUGAAUGUCAUCAGAACUGAGUUUUGCUGCUGCUGUCAACAACCUAAACACUUUCCAAGUGAUCUGAGACGAGACGAAAUGAAGUACAUGCAUUACAACGUCAGCUUCUUUUCUUCGUUGACAUUUUGGUGGGCGAACUGGCUCCUUACUCUGGGAUAUAAGAAACAUCUUGAGCUUAGUGACUUGGGUGUGCCUCCAAAACGACAUGAGGCUAAGUUCAACCACGAAAGGUUUCGAAAAGCCUUCAAAGAAGAAAUGAAGAAAACCAAUAUAACAGGCGGAGAGGUAUCACUACCAAAGAUCUAUGUCAAAGUUUAUGGCAGACGGCUGUUCUGUGCAGCAAUUCUGAAGCUAGUGGGUGAAAUGAUUGCUUUUAUUAAUCCUCUUGCAAUUGGAGCCCUGACGUCAUACGUGACGACACUCAAGUACCCUAAUGAGGGACCACCAGAAGUGAACCCAAAACAUCACGUAACUAUGGAAGAAUUCUUCAAGAAUGGUUUUGUUUUGGUGGUUGUUAUGUUUCUUGCAUCUGUCGUCAACUUCAUUUGUUUACAGACUCACUUUUACAUUGCCAUCAUAGAGGGCUUGAAUGUGCGAGCUGCAAUCCAGGCCAUGGUUUAUGAAAAAUCACUUCGUCUCUCUACUGUUGCCACUACGGGAGGCACGAUGGACAUGGGACAGAUCACUAAUCAUAUGUCAGUCGAUCCUACAGCCAUUUACUUCAUGUUUCAAAUGGUUAACAACUUAUGGGCUGUUCCUAUACAGCUUGCCGUUAACCUUGCACUGUUGUAUUACCAAAUGGGUUACUCAGCUCUAAUUGGGGCCAGUUUAUUCAUCUUAAUGAGUCCGGUACAAUUGAAGAUUGCUUCAUUCAUUGGAAGACAACAAAAGAACCUACUGAAGUGCAGUGACGAACGUUUGAAGAAAACGAAUGAAUUACUUCAAGGUAUCAAGCUACUGAAGUUAUACGCGUGGGAAGGACUGUACUGUAAAGCCAUUGAGAUCAUCAGAGCUAAAGAACUCAACUUCCUACUCAAGAUCAACAUUGGCUUUAUAUCAACAGUGUGUUUGACGCUUUCCAUGCCAGUUCUUGUGACGAUUGUGGGAUAUGGGACCUAUACCGCCCUCACCGGUGACCCCUUAACACCAGCCGUAACCUUUUCAUCAUUGGCUCUUUUCAAUGCUCUUCUGGUUCCUUUAAUGAAUCUUCCAAUGAGUUUGUUAUACUUCAUUAAUGGAUACGUCAGCACAAAACGCGUACAGAAGUUCCUGGCCGCACCAGAAGUUGAAAAACAUGGGAGUGAAUUGAGUCGGGAACAAAAUGGCGCACGACGGGAUCAGGCUGAGUCGGUUGGUUUUCGAAAGCCAGAUUCAGAAACAUUCACAGAUAGUUCAAGUGAAUCAUCCGACGAAAUAGACACGGUGGAGACGUCUAAAUUGAUGAAAAAGAAUGGCGGCAAUGACGUCUCGAAAGGUGCGAGUAUAUUAAGGUAUGGCUCCACGUGUACUGGACGCGAGGUGCAAAAUGAAUCAACGACAAGAUUGAAACAUGGCGUUUCAAUAAAGAUAUCCAACGGCUGUUUCCUGUGGGAUCCAGAGUCAAGUCACGCCGUACUGUCAGAUAUCAAUGUAGAGAUACCAGAAGGUAAACUGACUAUUUUAACUGGUCAAGUCGGUUCCGGUAAAUCAUCUUUUAUUUCUGCAAUAUUGGGUGAAAUGACAACUAUCACCGGAAUGGUGCAAGUCAGGGACCGGAACCAGAUAGCGUUUGCUGCUCAGAAACCUUGGCUGCUUAAUACAAGUCUACAGGAAAAUAUACUCUUCUCUCAACCAGUGGAAUCGAGGAAAUACAAACGAGUGAUUGACGCUUGUGCCUUGCGACCAGACAUUGAUAUCUUACCAGCUGGAGACCAGACUGAGAUUGGUGAGAAAGGAAUCAACCUAAGUGGUGGACAGAAGCAGCGAAUCAGCGUGGCUAGAACCAUGUACUCGGAUCGAGAUGUCAUUAUAUUGGACGAUCCACUGUCAGCCCUCGAUGUCCAUGUUGGUCGCCAUCUGUUCGAAGAGGGUAUCAUGAAAUUACUAGUGAGCCAUCGACAGACGGUUAUUUUGGUCACACAUCAACUUCAGUAUCUAAAUAGAGCAGACUUGAUAAUAGAAAUGAAAGAUGGUCGGAUAGCUGCCCAAGGUACAUUAGAUGACAUCAUUGCUGCUGAUCCUGAUAUGUAUAGUGAGUACAACAAGGCUGUAGAACUAGCCAGCGAGUCGGAAGCCGAGUUGGAACAGUCUGGUUACGAAUCAGAGUCAGUGAAGGAGGAGAGAUUACGACUCCAACAGCAAGUCAAGACUGCCAUCCUGAAAAAAGAUGGAGAUAAAAGCAGAGCGUCUGGUACUCUGAUGGAGAAGGAAGAGAUGGAACGAGGCUCAGUGUCUUACUCUGUCUAUCUCUACUACGCCAUUAAUGCAGGCUGGCUCACAUUCAUACUUGGUGUCAUACUAGCUGCAGUUAACUCCGGCUUCCUUAUUGGAACCAAUUUCUGGCUCUCGGCUUGGUCAGAAGCUGGUCUCAGAAACCAAACAGAUAACGAUGAGUUAUUUGCCCAAUACUUUGGUGUCUAUGUCGGCUUGAAUGCGGGCUAUUUGAUCUUCAGAGUGCUAACUGCUGCUGCCAUAGUGUGGGGAGUUCUAACGGCUGCUAAGAGACUACAAAGAGGAAUGCUCCAUAAUAUCAUCAAAGUACCGCUAAGGUUUUUCGACACAACUCCUAUUGGCCGAGUUCUGAAUCGGUUUUCUAAUGACACUGAACAGAUUGAUACGAAACUAUUACAGACGAUAAACCUUUUGCUGGCUAGUUCUCUAAAGGUUCUGUCAGCCGUGUUAGUUAACGCCAUCGUCAUGCCAAUCUUCAUUGCUUUCUUUAUCCCUAUUGCUAUUGGUUACUUCUUCCUACAAAGAUACUUUCUAGCAACGUCAAGGGAGUUACAACGACUAGACAGUGUAAGCAAGUCUCCUGUCUUCGCUUACUUCUCAGAAAGUCUCGGAGGGCUUACCACCAUUCGAGCAUUCCGAUGUGGCGAUCGUUUCUACAAAACCGUUAUAUCGAGGAUCAAUUCCAAUUUGUCUGCCUUCAUGUACUUACAAGUAGUGCAACGCUGGCUUGGCGUUAGAUUGGACUUUAUCGGUGCACUGAUGGUGAUUCUGGCUGGUAUGACGACACUGGUUGGUGCUUUAACCAUUGGUCUAGAUCCUAGUCUCGUUGGACUAGCAGUCACAUACACUCUACAGAUUUCUGGCUAUUUGAACUUUUACGUGCGCACGAUGGCUGAUUUGGAGAUGCAAAUGAACGCAGUAGAACGUGUCAAGUACUACACUCACGUCGACAAUGAGUCAUAUGAAGGACUUGAACCACCCCAGAAUUGGCCAAACUGUGGUACAGUGAAGCUUGAAAACGUUUCAGUGCGAUAUGGCCAAGAGACGGACCCAGUGCUUCGAGACAUCACAGUAGAGUUUCAAGCUGGAGAAAAGGUUGGUAUUUGUGGUCGGACAGGGGCAGGGAAGUCUUCUCUCACUCUAGCAUUGCUUCGUGUUAUUGAUAUAUGUAAAGGUCGCGUCGUAAUUGAUGGUAUUGACAUCAAGUCUGUGCCUUUGACCUCUCUUAGGAGUCAAAUAAGCAUCAUCCCGCAGGAUCCAGUUCUUUUUACUGGAACAAUAAGGUAUAAUUUAGACCCAACUGGGAAAGACAACACGGACGAAUCUCUAUGGCGCGCCUUGGAAAUCGCUCAACUCAAAGAUGCAGUUUCAUCGCUGGACGAGGGAUUGGAUUCUAUGGUAAGUGAAGGUGGUGAGAAUUUCAGCGUCGGUCAGCGGCAGUUAUUCUGUUUGGCUCGUGCCUUCCUUAGGAAGUCUCGUAUCCUCAUUAUGGAUGAAGCCACUGCAUCAAUUGACCUAGAAACGGACAAGCUUCUUCAGCGUGUAGUGACAACCGCCUUCGCUGAGCGUACUGUGCUGACUAUAGCGCAUCGCAUUGGAACUAUAUUGAACUCUGACAAGAUACUGGUUCUGGACGACGGGAAGGUAGCAGAGUAUGGAGCGCCAAAUGAACUCAUAGAAAAGGAAGAUGGCAUAUUUGCUUCGUUUGUUCGAGACAAGGACAUGUAAUCACACCCUACGAACAAUUGAAACCUAAAUGCACCCCUAUAUAGAAUGUCAAUACGCAUGCGCGUUGGAUUCCAUUGGACCUUUAUUCUUUGACGUCAUUGAGCAACCAUGUAAACAGACUUGUACGCACGGCGCACAUGGUUGGCUACCAGUGACUGCAGUCACAGCAACUGACGAUACCACAACUGAUAUAAUAUUGACAGCAUAAGCACAAAGCAACAAAAAACAAAUUGCAACCCACCCUCUCCAGGACAGCAGCGAUGCUUUUUAUGAUAGUAAAUCAAUUCAAGACUCAAGAUUGACCAAUGAGCAACCUCCUUUGACCUAUAGACGAGGAAGCAUGACUAAAAAGACGCGCACUCUCAAUUAUGAGCAACAAAAUUAGUACACGUUAUUACCAAAGUGAACCACACAUCAAAUACAAUUGGACCUUUGGCUCAAAAAGAUGUUUCAGUUUGUCAAUUACAAUUUAAAAAAAGAAGUUAUUCGCACUAUCGUUUGAUUUCGGUGCUAAAGGAACACGUUGCCUUGGAUCGGUCAAGUUGGUCUUUGAAAAGCG